AUGGGCGAUACACUGUCCAAACCCGUGACGGAAAAACACACCAGCACCUUUGAAACAUCUCAUCUACGAGUAGGAUGUUGUGGGAUGCAAGGUUGGCGAAAAUCGAUGGAAGAUGCCCAUGUGGCUCAGCUGAAUCUUGAUGGAAAUAAACAUCAUGCAUUUUUUGGUGUAUUUGAUGGACAUAAUGGACAUAAAAUUGCGAAAUAUUGUAGUGGACAUCUUCUUGAUGAACUUAUGUCCGCACCACAAUACCGGGAGGGAAAAUACGAAGAAGCAUUCAAGGAAUCUUUUAGAUCUUUGGAUUCAAAACUCUCGGAAAUGCCUGCACUUCGCUCAGAAGGCGGAACUGCUGUUAUAUGUGUACUGUUGUCUAAAGGUGAAAUUGUCUGUGCUAAUGCUGGUGAUAGCCGAGCUGUUUUAUGUCGAGGAACCAAAGCUAUUCCCUUAAGUACUGAUCAUAAACCCUCAGUUGCUAUUGAAAAGGAAAGGAUAGAAAAAGCAGGAGGAACUGUUCAAUGUCAACGUGUAAAUGGUACUCUUGCUCUUAGCCGAGCAAUUGGUGAUUUUGACUUUAAAGAAAAUGUUGAACUUCCUUGGGAUGAGCAAAUGGUUACAGCUUUACCAGAUAUAGUUCAAUUAAAAUCAUCACCGGAUGAUGAUUUUAUUGUUAUUGCUUGUGAUGGUGUAUGGGAUGUUCUUUCUAAUCAAGAUGCCUGUGACCUCAUUAAAAAAGGUUUAAAAGAAACUGACGGUGAUAUUGGUCUGGUUUGUGAAAUGGUACUAGAUAAAUGUCUGGCUCCGAGGGCACAAGGAGUAGGAUGCGAUAAUAUGACUAUAAUUAUAGCUCAGUUUAAACCUGCUUUUUUUUCAUAG